AUGAGAAUACAUUCUUCUAAUCAUCCAUGGCUUUUACUAGCCAUUCUCGUGGUUCUCCUCUCCUUCUAUGGAGCUCUCUCAAGCUCCGAAGAGGAGAAGACGACCUCGAAGAAUACGAAGAAAGAAGUAACUUAUGAUGGAACGUCUUUGAUCAUCAAUGGAAAAAGAGAAUUACUUUACUCUGGCUCCAUACAUUACCCUCGUAGCACUCCCGAUAUGUGGCCAAACAUCAUCAAGAGGGCGAAACAAGGCGGUUUGAACACGAUUCAGACAUAUGUUUUUUGGAAUGUUCAUGAGCCUGAGCAGGGGAAGUUCAAUUUUUCGGGUAGAGGCGAUUUGGUGAAGUUUAUAAAAUUGAUUGAGAAGAACGGCAUGUAUGUAACAUUGAGGCUUGGACCGUUUAUUCAGGCAGAAUGGACUCAUGGAGGACUUCCUUAUUGGCUGAGAGAAGUUCCCGGGAUCUUCUUCCGUACUGACAAUGAGCCAUUCAAGGAACAUACAGAGAGGUAUGUUAGAGUGGUACUUGACAAAAUGAAGGAGGAGAAGCUUUUUGCUUCACAAGGAGGCCCCAUUAUAUUAGGACAGAUAGAGAAUGAGUAUAGUGCGGUUCAACGAGCAUAUAAAGAAGAUGGGCUAAACUACAUUAAGUGGGCAGCUAAAUUAGUACACUCGAUGAAUUUGGGGAUUCCAUGGGUUAUGUGUAAGCAAAAUGAUGCUCCUGAUCCUAUGAUCAAUGCUUGUAACGGACGACAUUGUGGUGAUACAUUCCCUGGUCCUAACAAAGACCACAAACCGUCUUUAUGGACAGAGAAUUGGACUACUCAGUUCCGCGUUUUUGGAGAUCCCCCAACGCAAAGAUCUGCAGAAGAUAUCGCUUUUUCUGUUGCCCGGUUCUUUUCCAAGAAUGGAAGCCAUGUUAACUACUACAUGUAUCAUGGAGGUACUAACUUUGGAAGAACAUCUGCACAUUAUGUGACCACUCGUUACUAUGAUGAUGCACCUCUUGAUGAAUACGGAUUGGAAAAGGAGCCUAAGUAUGGUCAUCUAAAGCAUCUUCACAACGCGCUUAACUUGUGUAAGAAGGCACUUCUUUGGGGUCAAUCUCGAACUGAGAAGCCUGGCAAGGACACUGAGAUUCGAUACUACGAACAACCUGGAACGAAAGUUUGUGCGGCGUUUCUAGCUAAUAAUAACACAGAAUCUGCAGAAAAAAUCAAAUUCAAGGGCAAUGAAUAUGUCAUUCCACCUCGCUCUAUCAGUAUUCUCCCUGAUUGCAAAACUGUUGUUUAUAACACCGGGGAGAUUGUCUCUCAUCACACUGCAAGGAACUUCAUGAAGUCGAAAAAGGCGAAUAAGAAGUUUGAUUUUAAGGUUUUCACCGAGACAGUCCCCAAUGAGCUCAAAGGUGAUUCCUAUGUCCCCGUUGAGCUCUACGGUUUGACCAAAGACGAGAGCGAUUACGGAUGGUACACGACUAGCUUCAAGAUAGAUGACGAUGACCUUAAGAAGAAAGGAGGUAAGACUACUUUGAGGAUUGCUAGUCUUGGCCACGCGUUGCAUGUCUGGCUCAAUGGAGAAUACCUUGGAAACGGACAUGGUAGCCAUGAAGAGAAGAGUUUCGUCUUUCAAAAGAAGAUUUCUCUAAAGGAAGGAGAGAACCAGCUCACAAUGCUAGGCGUUUUAACAGGAUUUCCAGAUAGUGGAUCUUAUAUGGAGCAUAGAUACACAGGUCCACGUAGUGUUUCCAUCUUAGGACUGAGCUCUGGAACACUUGAUCUCACUGAGAAAAGCAAAUGGGGAAACAAGGUGGGAAUGGAAGGCGAAAAGCUUGGAAUCCACGCCGAGAAAGGAUUGAAUGAGGUUAAAUGGCAGAAAUUCUCAGGAAAAGCACCAGGGCUUACAUGGUACCAGACACACUUCGAUGCGCCAGAGAGCGUAAGCGCAACAGCAAUUAGGAUGAAUGGUAUGGGAAAAGGUUUGAUUUGGGUGAACGGAGAAGGUGUUGGACGAUACUGGAUGUCGUUUUUAUCGCCUUUAGGUCAGCCUACGCAAAUCGAGUAUCACAUCCCUAGGUCUUUCUUGAAGCCCAAGAAAAAUCUUUUGGUUAUAUUUGAGGAAGAACCAAAUGUAAAGCCAGAGCUUAUCGACUUUGUCAUCAUCAAUAGAGACACUGUGUGUUCUUUCAUCGGUGAAGAGUAUACUCCUAGUGUUCGGCACUGGACUAGGAAGAAUGACCAAGUCCAGGCCAUCACUGAUGACGUGCAUCUCACGGCUACUCUCAAAUGUUCCGGCACUAAGAAGAUAUCUGCGGUCGAAUUCGCUAGCUUUGGAAACCCUAAUGGGACUUGUGGAAACUUCACACUCGGAUCUUGUAACGCUCCUGUCUCCAAGAAAGUCAUCGAGAAGUACUGUUUGGGUAAAGCAGAGUGUGUGAUUCCGGUGAACAAGAGUACGUUCCAACAAGACAAAAAAGAUUCAUGUCCCAAAGUUCCGAAGAAGCUUGCUGUGCAAGUCAAGUGUGGUCGUGACAAGAAGAACUAA